AUGGCGAUGAAUCCUCUGAAAGGUCUCAUGUCGGUUGCAGCGAACCACCAGCUGGACUCCAGCUCCGCAGCCGAGCCGCAGAGGCAGCAGCCGUGUGCAGCCGGCAGCACAGCAUCCCUGCUCGGACACAGGCAGAGCUCACGCAGCAGCCGCGAGCCCAGGAAGUGGGAGCAGUCUGUGUGUGGGUCCAGGUCCAACUCUGGAUCUGGUUGUGGGUCUAUGGUCCAGUCCAGGACACUGAGGGGUCAGCACUCCCCUGAAAAUGCAGCGCGAGAGAGGAGCCGCGUACGCAACCUGCGGCAGGCCUUCCACAGCCUGCAGGCUGCUCUGCCCUCCGUCCCACCAGACACCAAACUGUCCAAGCUGGACGUUCUGGUUCUGGCAACCAACUACAUAGCUCAUCUAACAGAGACGCUGGACCAGGGAGGGACGCUGGCUGAGCACGCCCUGCCGUCCAGGCCGGGAGGAUACCUGCAUCCUGUUAAGAAGUGGCCCAUGCGUUCCCUGCUUUACUGUGGCAGCGUGGGAGAGCUGCUGUCAGGAGUCCCGGCCAAUCAGAUGCCACCUGGACGGGAGGAGACACACCCACUGACCUCCACCUUAGAAGCGGAGCGAGAGUGAAAACAGAGCCUGGGAUUGAACUUUCUCCCAGCUACUCAUCUCUAACCAGCCAUGUUGCUAUGAAAGAGAUAAUGUU